AUGAAUCACAAGAACAAAUAUUGUGUUGAAUUGAUAGCAUUAAUAUGGAUGAGUGCAACUAUAAGAAUGUUACAAAGUUUGCAUCCAUUAGAUCAUGUUUUUGGACAUGGUACAAUAGGGAAGAAAUGGGCAUUACUAGUUUCUGGGUCUUAUGGUUAUGAAAAUUAUAGGCACCAAGCUGAUGUUUGUCAUGCAUAUCAAAUAUUAAAAAGAGGUGGUCUUAAAGAUGAAAAUAUCAUAGUUUUCAUGUAUGAUGACAUUGCCAAUCAUCCAGAAAACCCUAGGCCAGGUGUUUUAAUUAAUCAUCCAAAUGGUUCAGAUGUUUAUCAUGGAGUUCCAAAGGAUUAUAUUGGAAAUGAAGGAAAUGCAAGCAACUUCUAUGCAGUGCUUAGUGGUAAUAAAAGUGCUGUAAAAGGAGGCAGUGGUAAGGUGUUAGAAAGUGGACCAAAUGAUACUAUUUUCAUUUACUACACAGAUCAUGGUGCUCCAGGCAUAAUUGGAAUGCAAGAUGGGGGCACUCUUAAUGCCAAAGAUUUAAUAGAUGCAUUGAAGAAGAAACAUGCUGCUAAAUCCUACAAAAAGAUGGUGAUAUACUUGGAAGCAUGUGAAUCUGGAAGCAUGUUUGAAGGGCUUCUUCCAAAUGAUAUAAACAUUUAUGCAAUUACAGCUUCCAAUGCAACAGAGGAUAGUUGGGGAUUUUACUGUGAUGACACAAUUCCUCCAUCACCACCUGAGUAUUCAACAACUUGUCUAGGAGAUGUGUUUAGCAUUUCAUGGAUGGAAGAUAGUGAUAAAAAUGACAUGACAAAAGAAACUUUGAAGCAACAAUAUGAAAACGUACGUCGGAGAACAUUGAUUUCUCGCAAACGUGGCGAACGUUCUCAUGUUAUGCAAUAUGGUGAUUUAAAGAUGAGCAAUGAUUUUCUACUUACAUACAUUGGUGCACACCCUACUAAUAUUAAUGAACAUGAUUAUGUUCUCUACCCUACUAGGGUUAAUCAUAACUUCAAUUCUCCUACUCCAACAAGACUUGUUAGCCAAAGAGAUACUCGUUUAAUUUAUCUCAAGACCAAGUUGGAAAAGGCUUCAAAUUCAGAAGAUAAGUUAAAAGCUCAAAAAGAGUUAGAAGUUGAAAUUGCUCAUAGGAAAGAAGUAGACAACAAUGUCCAUCAAAUAAGCAAUAUUUUGUUUGGAGAAAAGAAAGGCUCUACCAUGAUGGUUCAUGUUCGUUCAUCUGGCCAACCUCUUGUUGAUGAUUGGGAUUGUUUGAAAAAAUUCAUAAAAACUUAUGAGAGUCAUUGUGGUAACUUAUCAAUUUAUGGAAGAAAAUACUCAAGAGCCUUUGCUAAUAUGUGUAAUGCUGGUAUUUCUGAGAAGCAAAUGGUUACAGCUACAUCACAAAUUUGCAAGGAGAAUAAAUAAAAUCGUCAAAUCCCUUUUCAAGGAUGUAAUGAUUAAUAUAUUAUUGAAAUAAAUUGUAGUUCAAUAUUUGGUACAAAAUCAUUAUUAAAA